AUAUCGGUGGCUCGUCUCUUCUUUUAGCUUAGGGUAUUUCUCUAGCCAGACCAUUCCGUGGAUAUCUCUGGACAUUUAUAAUAUAUCUAUGCUCUAGAUAGAUCAAGAGAUAGAUACUCGUACUUUAUAGUCUACACUACACAGUAACUGACUCAUUGGUUGAUAAAAAAUCAAUAAAAAUGUCAUUUGGAUUUCAUCUUAAGAAUGUAGUAGAUGAAUCUGCAGCAUUUGAAGGCACUGGUAAUAAUCAAGAUGAUGUUGGCCAGCCUCCUCCAGCUAAUCCUCCAGCUUCUACAUUUUCUCAUUCUACUGAUACACUUGAUGAGAAGCAUGAGUUGGCAAGUAAACUUCCAGACACAUCAUUUGGAUUCAAGCACGAUGGUCUAAAAGUGACAUCAGUUGAUGAAAAUACCAAAGGUCAUGAAGUUCUUCCACCUUUUAUUUCUGAUGAUCAAAUUCUCCCUGCUGCAAAUACUGCAAAUAAAGAUCUUCAUUCUUAUAAUAACAAAGCACUCCUACCUCCUCUUGUCAAUAAAGAUUCACCUCAUGGUGAAGGAUCUUUAUCAUAUCCUUUUUCUAGUGGAGAAUCUUCUAAUGAUAAAGCACCUCUUGCUAAACAGCCACUUCAUUCUUUCAAUGAUGAAGCAACUCUUACCAGUGAAAAAUCUCUGCAAUCUCUUACUGAUCAAGUGCCACAACCUACUGUUGCCAGUGAAAAAUCUCCCAAUAUGGCUGAUGCAACUCCACCUUCUGCUGCCAAAAAAGACUCUCUUUAUUCAACUAAUGACAAAGUAGCACCACAACCUUCUGUUGCCAGUGAGAAAUCUGCUAAUGAUGAUGCAUGUCAACUUUCUGCUAGUAGUGAUUUGUCACUUUAUUCUUCUAAUUUUGGAGCAUCUCCAUCUUCUGCUACCAAUGGCAAAGCAGAACCUCAACUUCCUGUUACCAGAGAAGAGUCUUUUCAUUCUCCUAAUGGUGAAGGACCACAACCUUCUAAGGCCAGUGAAGAAUCACUUCAUUCUCCUAAAAAUGAAACAGUGCCUCCGCAACCUACUGUUACUGGUGAAAAAUCUCUUCAAUUGCUUUCUGACAAUUUACCUCUACCUGAACCUACUGUUGUAGGAAAUUAUGAUAAAAGUCCUCUCCCUCCUCCUGGUCAUCAUACUGAUGAAAAUUUUUCUGUUCCAGAUGGAGAGGAAUAUUGUCAUAUUGCACCGCUAGUCGAAACACAAAAGCUUCCUAUAAUUUUCAAAAAUGGGUUAACUGUUUACUUUGACAAAAAAACCUACCGUUUUGACAUUGCUGAAGCACCUUUUCAAGUUAAUCCACGUAAAAGAUUGAAGUCAUUAAUUGGUAGUACAUUUGAAAUAUGCACCAUUGAAAAUAACUCUAAUGAUCAUGUCCGUUGUCAUGACUUGAGAAAGAAAGGGCAAGAAGGUCUUAAAUACUUUAUUGAUGAAAUAUAUGAGCCAAAUGAGCAUAUAGUGGCUCUUCUUUUGAUCAAUUCUGCUGAUAACUUUACAUUAGAUCUUCAGCUUGAACUUGAUAAUGUAAUUGUUAAUAUUCCAGUUUAUAUUAUUUCUUCUGUACAUGGUGAUGAGGCAAUCCAUCUUAUUGAGGAAUCUAGUGGUAGUGGCUGUCGAUGCGAAUUUACAUUAACCAACAGUGAAGUGGAGGGCAAACCGAGACAAAAUUAUGGCAAGUGUUUAAAUGCUUUUUCCUUUUACUUGUGA